AGCCCGGCCGGCCCCGGCGCAGCUGCGCGUCUGACACUCGGGUCCGCGCUUAGUUUUCGCGCUCGCGGUACCGUGUCCGGGCCCAGCCAGACGCCGCGCCAUGGCGUCCACAGCGGGCAGCGAGGUGCUGAUCGUUGGCAGUGGGCUCAUCGGGCGAAGCUGGGCCAUGCUGUUUGCCAGCGGAGGCUUCAAGGUCAAGCUGUAUGACAUUGAGCAGCAGCAGAUAACCAACGCCCUGGAAAGCAUCAGGAAGGAGAUGAAGGCGCUUGAGCAGGCGGGGUCUCUGAAGGGCUCGCUGAGCGCCCAGCAGCAGCUGUCGCUCAUCAGCGGCUGCUCCAACCUCGCGGAAGCGAUAGAGGGUGCUGUGCACAUUCAGGAAUGCGUUCCGGAAAACCUGGACCUGAAAAAGAAGAUUUUUGCUCAGUUGGAUCGCAUGGUGGAUGACCGAGUAGUUCUGAGUAGCUCCAGCUCUUGCCUCCUGCCUUCCAAGCUGUUCACCGGCCUGGCGCAUGUGAAGCAAUGCAUCGUGGCCCACCCCGUGAACCCACCGUACUAUGUCCCGCUGGUCGAGCUGGUCCCGCACCCAGAGACAUCUCCCGCGACGAUGGAUAGAACCCACGCGCUGAUGACGAAGAUCGGACAGUCCCCCGUGAGGGUCCUGAAGGAGGUCGAUGGCUUUGUGCUCAAUCGCCUGCAGUACGCCAUCAUCGCCGAGGCCUGGCGCCUGGUGGAGGAGGGAAUCGUGUCCCCGGGUGACCUGGACCUCGUCAUGUCGGAUGGUCUGGGCAUGCGGUAUGCGUUCAUCGGUCCCCUGGAGACAAUGCACCUCAACGCGGAAGGUAUGCUGAGCUACUGUGACAGAUACAGUGAAGGCAUGAAACGUGUCCUCAAGACUUUUGGAUCCAUUCCAGAGUUUUCCGGCGCCGCAGUGGAGAAGGUCAACCAGGCCAUGUGUGUGAAGGUUCCUGCUGACCCAGAGCACUUGGCUGCCCGGAGGGAGUGGAGGGACGAGUGCCUCAUGAGACUGGCCAAGUUGAAAAGUCAGAUGCAACCUCAAUAAAUGUCUCCCAUGCUUUUAUCACUCCUGUCAGCGCGAGUCCUAGCUGAGGAACCGACUAGCACUUAAUCCAAUGUCUACAA